UGAGAACAUGAGAUUAAUUGUUUGACAAACCUUUCGCUUUCAUUUUCCAAGCCGCGUCUUUCCCAUUCAAAGUGAUACAGUUUACCGGAACAAAACAUUGAUAAAAAUAUGGCUCCCGUGGACGACGACACCAACGAGGCCCCCUAUGUGGUGGAAAAGGUGAUGGACCGCCGGAUUACGGCAGCCGGCAAGAUCGAGUACUACCUUAAGUGGAAAGGCUACACGGAGGCGGACAACACCUGGGAACCGGAAGAGAACCUGGACUGCCCGGAGCUGAUUGCCAAGUACGAGGAGGUACGCCGCCAGAAGGAGUUCAAGGAAGCGAAGAAGAAAUCAGCCAAGAAGAAGCUGGAGGAGAUUGCCAAACCCCGGGGAUACGAGCGGGAACUGCAGCUGAAGGCCGUCGUGGGCGCUACGGAUUGCGGCGGGGAGCUGAUGUUCCUGCUGCAGUGGUUCGGCUGCGACGAGAUGGACAUUCUACCGGCUUCGGUGGUAAACGAAAAGGAUCCGGCCGUGGUCAUCGAGUAUUACGAGGCCAAGAGCAAGGUGGUGGAGAAGGCGCGGGAACGAAGCAAGUUUGCCGCCUAUGAGGAGGUUGGCGGAAGUGUGGAACCGGCGCCGAGCAUGCCAACGGAAUCGUUGGAGCAAAUGAUGCAAGCUUAGAAGUGUAGGGAACUAUAUAGAUUUAAUAUACAACUACUUUUGGUAUAAGGCCAUUCAGACGAACUUGUCGUCGUCGAUUAGAA